AUGGUGGUGUUCCUCAUCAACUACAAAGCCACACAGGUCAGCCCCUCAGAACUGCAAGAUGUGUUUCAGGAGACCUCCUCCAAUAUCUUCCAGAUCAACGGCAAUGUUGUCACACUAGAGAAGAAUCUCCAGUCCCUGGGGACAUCUAGAGAUACAGAAGAGCUACGACAGAGUCUACACUCCACGCAGCAGCAAACCAACAAAGUCAUCACCAGCACAAGCCAACUCAUCAAACAGCUCUCUGAUAUAAUCAGCUAAUCUUGUUUUGUUGCACAGCAAGACCGUCUGCACCUGACCAGACUAAAGACCGAACUCUCCGAGUCUGUGCAGCGCUAUGGGGAUCUGCAAAAGAAAAUUGCGGAGCGUUCAAGGGCCUUGCUCCCUCCAGCACAGAAAGACAAGAAGAAGAGUCCUCAGACCCUGUUCACUGAGCAGAUGGAGGAGGGCCCCCUGUUUGGAGAAGCAGUAGGCUCUGAGGAUAUGGCUCAGGCUUUCCUAUCUGAGAUCAGCGAGGAGGACGUGGAGGUGCUCCGCCAAAGAGAGGAGGCCCUGAUGCAGAUCGAAAGAGACAUGCUGGACGUCAGUCAAAUCAUGAAGGAUUUGGCCAGUAUGGUCCAUGAACAAGGCGACACCAUAGACAGCAUUGAAGAUUACAUCCAGACUACAUCAUCCAAUGUGGAAUCAGCCAAUCAGGAGCUUGCGAAGGCCAACCAGUACCAGAGACAGCUGAGGAAGAGGAAGUGCUACCUCCUUGUGGCCGGAGCCAUCGUCCUCACCAUCCUCAUUGUCAUCAUUGCUGUUUCAGCAAGGAAAUGA